UUUAAUUAUCCUGAAAGCAAAACUGCCCCCCCUCCCCUUCCUUGCCUUUCCAGACCAAUUUCUCUUCCUUUCUUUAUUUCCCUAUUUUUUAACUUGUCCUCUCUCUCAAGAUCAUCAUCAUCUUUUGUCACAUAAUCCCAGCCUUGGAACAGCAGCCCAAGGGAUUCUCUCCUUUUUUUCCUCCUCCUCCUCCUCCUCUUCUUCUUCUUCUUCUUAUUCUUCUUCUCCAAGGAAAACAAUCCAAAGAGGUGGUGUGGUCAUGUUUCAGAGCCAGCUUGGUAGACCCUUCUCCUUCAGAGGCUCUCUCAAAGCCCUGGAAGCUGAUAUACAACAUGCCAACACCCUGGCAGAUGCUGUUCAGAGAGCCUAUGGUGGUGCAUGUGUGCAGAUGAGGCUGUCCUACAGCCCUUUGGCACCACUCUUUCUGUACCUCAUGCAGUGGAUGGACUGCAGCUGCAGCUGCUCUUACACUCUCCCAAGCUAUCUUGGACUUCUUCAUGUUCUUGUAUACAAGGUUUAUGUCGACGGAGAUAAUUCGAUAUCGACAUAUGAGAGGAGGGCUAGCCUUCGGGAAUUCUAUGCUGUUAUUUACCCUUCUCUCCAGCAACUGGAAAGUAGUUUGGCUGAAAAGGAAUCCAGAGGGAAGGGUCGAGGCAAGGAAAUCGUCGGUCGGAAAAGGAUGGAUGAUUGGAGGAGGCUCUCUGAUAAGGAUUUGGAGAGGGAGGAUGAGUGCGGCAUUUGUAUGGAGGUUUGCACCAAGAUGGUCCUCCCGAGUUGCAACCAUGCUAUGUGCAUAAACUGCUUUCGCGAUUGGUAUACGAGAUCGCAGUCUUGCCCCUUUUGCAGGGGUAGCCUGAAAAGGAUUCGGUCGAGAGACCUCUGGGUGCUUACCGGUGACGGUGAUGUCGUCGACACUGUGACUUUAGAAAAAGAAAAUGUGAAGCACUUCUAUCGCUACAUUGAUAGUCUGCCUCUGAUAAUUCCGGACAAUCUUUUCGUGGUUUAUUAUGAUUACCUAGUGUAGUCCAAAAGGAGAAAAGAAGAGUGGUGUGAAAAAUAUUGCGAAAGCCGACCAUCUUUUGUAGAUUGAGUCAGGUGACUGUAAGGUCAUUCGCCACUCUUUCUUGGCACAUUGUAGGAUGGCAUCCAAAGCCUCUGAAAAUAAUUGUACAUGAAAUUUUUAGUUAGGUUCUAUCAAACAAUUCGGGGCUUUCGCAAGCCCUACAAAAUGGAUAAAAGGAAAUGAAUGUUACCCCUUAUGCUGAUUAAAUAAAGUUAAUAGGCUGAAGAUUUUUCAGUGUU